AUGGAAAGGACAUCUAACUCUCCACCAGGGCUGCUCCGGCCGCCCACUGUGAUUGGUCAAUUCCACACCCUGUUUUUUGGCUCAGUGCGUAUGUUUUUCCUGGGGGUUCUGGGAUUCGCAGUUUACGGCAAUGAAGCUCUUCACUUUAGCUGUCUCCCUGACCGGAGGGAACUAAAUGUCUUCUGUUACAACCAGUUUCGCCCAAUAACACCUCAGGUGUUCUGGGCCUUACAGCUUGCAACAGUCCUUGUACCAGGGGCUGUGUUCCAUCUUUAUGCAGCAUGUAAAAACAUGGACCAGGAGGACAUUCUUGAGCACCCCAUCAACACAGUCUUUUAUAUAAUUUCUGUACUUUUACGUAUGAUCUUGGAGGUGGCAGCAUUUUGGUUGCAGAGCCAUCUCUUUGGAUUUCUGGUUCAACCCGUGUUCAUGUGUGAUGCCAGCUCACUGGACAAGGCCUUUAACUUCACCAAGUGUAUGGUUCCAGAGUACUUUGAAAAGACAAUCUUCCUCAGUGCAAUGUAUGUAUUCACCAUCAUCACUGUGCUUUUGUGCAUUGCUGAGAUUUUUGAAAUUCUUCGUAGAAGAGGGACUUAUUUGGGUACACAAUAACAACUCUAUAUUUUCUUGUAAGUGUUCAUGCAAAAUGUCUUGGAAAAAUGUAUUUUUCAUAUUUUCAUGAUUUUAUAACAUCCAUCCAACAGCUGUUUUAUCAUUUGCUUUUUAAAAUAUUAAGCAGUUAAUCUCAGGUAGAAUGGAAUAUGACUGAAAUGUACUUAACUAGUGUCUACACUAUAAGUUACACAAUACUAAUACAUUCUAAACUAUGUUCUCAUGUAUGUUUUAUUCUCUACAUUCUCACGUACUGACAGAAUCACACAGAAGCAUAUCCAUGUCCUUUCUGACCUACAUAUAAAAUUAUGGAGGUACACAAGUGAUUUUUAUAGCUUAAUAUAAGCUACAAUAAAGUUUUUGCCAGCAAUGAACACAAAACACUAUGUUUACUGAAAUUAUUGUAAUUACAAGAUUUUUUUUCCCUUAAGAUUACACUUUAAGAUACUGGGAAAAAU